UCGCAAAACAUCCCGUUGAAACAAAUAGCGCGACUUGGAUCAGACUUUUUGUUCGCAUCAGAUUUUGUCUUGGAGAAAUAGACGAGAAAGGAUGAAUAUGUCAGGAGAAGAUGAAUCAGUUUUUGAUGAACAACUUCAGCGAGAAACAUGCAUCUGCAGCACAACAUGUUCAAAAAAAAGUGGAAAGAAGACUGGUUGCCCCUGUAAAGAUAGGGGAGAUAAAUGCUGCGAGCAGUGUCUUUGUGGGAAGAAGAAACGAGGCGUAAUAACUGGAUGGUGCAAGAAUGGAAAGCCAAAAUCAGCUGGUCAGGAAAAUCAAGACCUUAUAGCUACAAAUGCACAGCAUAUGGCAGAUGGUGCAGAGAGAAUGGAGGCUGAAAUAAAUCAUGCCAGACAAAGAAUAGGGGAUAUAAUACAAGACCUCUCACAUGAUGUCCUCAAACAGCUUUUUGUGGAAUUUGCAGCAGUUGGUACAGGGAGCGAGGAGUAUGUCAGGGAUUUGAUAUUUUCAAUUUCUAAUCCUGGAGUGGCCAUAGAAAGACCAAACUCUCAGCCUUGGUGUAAGUGUGGUGUAUGUAUUUCAAUGCCUGACCCUGAGGAAAACAAGUGCUGUGGAAGGGUCAUAUGUGUAACCUCAUACCAACUUUUCAACAAGAUUUGCAUUGACAGGGAUGUUUUAAAGUUGCAGAUUAUGGCAAAGUGUGACAUGCGUGCAGAACCCAUGGUGUUUACCAUGAAUGCAUACCGAAAAGCAGGUUAUCAACAAUUUGCCUUGUGGAAAUAUGGUAAAUUGGGAACUGGAAACAGGAGAAUUUUACCAUCAUGUGUGGUUAACAUGAUAAGAAAAGCAUACCCCUCCCAAGAUGAUGUAUAUAUGGGGUUCAGACAUUCAUGA